AUGUUUGACUUUCAUCAGGUCAUGGCAAAAAGGGGGAAGAAGGGCGGCAAGGGGAUGAAGAUGCUGAGCAAAGGAGCGAAGAAGGCUCUGGGCAAACUCCCAAAGAAAGCACAAGAGAUGCUGGUGCAAGGACUGAAGUCGGGGCACAAUGCUGCAUGGUCCAAGAAUGUGAUCCUCAAGAACGGUCCGCAGAACUCACAGAAGCCCUCCGCGAAGAGCCAGCAACCGAAUCCUCCCUUGCAGGCCGCGUCAACUCAGAUCCGAAAGCAGGCAGGGAAGGUGCUCGUGGUCGGCGAUGGGAACUUUAGCUUCAGCGUCGCCCUCCUUGAGCUGUUGCAAGGCGGAUCGUCGGUCACGUCAACAUGCUAUGACUCGCUAGAGGUACUGCAGAACAAGUACGACGAUGCUCAAGGGCACGUGGACAAGCUGAGAGAGGGGGGGGCCAGCGUGCUGUUCCAGAUCGACGCAACAAGGCAUCUUGUGGAUGACAACAUCGCUGCCAAUCAAGAUCUUAUCCGCAAGUUCCUUGAUAGCUCGAGCAAGAUUCUCUCACCAACAGGCAAAGUCUUCGUCACCAUCAAAAAAGGUGAACCCUACGACAGUUGGAAGGUUGCGAGGAUAGGAAUCGCAAUUUCUGGUUUGCAACUCAAGACCGCUGUCGACUUCGAUCAUGCGGCAUUUCCUGGUUAUUCACAUCGCAGAACCGCGGGAUUCGGUCCAUCGAUGCCAUCGGAGGACCCUGACAUCAUACGCAACGGUGCAAAAACUUUCAUCUUCUCAUCCACAUCCAAGAGCAAGGAAGAUUCAGAUGACGAGGGCAAAGCCAAGAAAAACAAGACUAAGUCGACACUGAAAAAAUUCAACCCCAAGGGGUCGAGAGGGAAGUGA